AUGUCUGUUCCUCUAACCAAAGUCGAUUCUGCUAUCGCUGGCUUGUCUAUAGCCGAUGAGAAGCCUGCCAUUACCGAGAAGGAAGUCAAGGGCAAGUCUCACAAGGAGAAGCCUCACAAGGACAAGACACACAGGCGGGCCUCAUCAACGGCAGAAGGUAUCUGGAAUAUCAAGGACCUUGAAGAGCAAAAGCUGGAACUGACCCUACCAAUUGAAACACAGAAGACUGGGUGGAAACUCAACACCUCCCCAUCAACUAUCGAGGACAAGGAUAUCCUCAAAAUGCUCCUCGUCACUCCACCCGUCAAGAAGAUUGACCUCCACUUCCCCCUUGGCCUAGAGGUCACCGCUCGGAACCUCAAGGGCGUCACAAUCAAGGACGCAUUAGAUGCCAUCUACAAACAGUUCAAGAAGAAGGCGGAUGACGAACUUGACAAACCCUACCUCGCUGGCUUCGAAUGGGACAAGGAAGAGUGCUGGACCCGGUUGGUCGUGCAUCAGAAGAAGGAGGGUGCACCACAACCAAGCAAAAAGUCCAAGAAGAAGUCCAAGGACGAGGCAUAG